UGCGGUUAGUUGCCCCUGGUGUGGGGCUGGGCUGAGCGGUGCCUGGAGUCGCUGGCCGUCAAUACCCAGACGUGAUCCCCACGCGGCCGGUUGGGAUUGAGCCCAGCCGAGGCCCCACAACACCCAGCAAAGCAGGGGCAGGUCCAGGACCCCCGAAAUCCUGAGGCUGCCGCGCCCCGCGGGGCAGAAGGGUUCCCAGCCCUGGCUGGGGUGUGGAGGGGGAGUCGCCUGCCCCCUGCGUCUGGAUGGGCUGUCGGCUGGGGACUGGUCCGGGGCGGCGCAGAUGCGGCUGGCUCUGGGGUUCUGGGAGUUGGUCCCCAGCAGCAUCCCCGCAUGGACACGGCUGUCCUGGUCCUCAGGGGCACGUAGGAUCUGCCUCGGCUGCAGCCACAGGGGUACCCGGGGCCAUGUCAUGGCCGCUGAGCCAGAGGAGCGACUUGGCCAAUGACAACAGCUGCCCGGGGCUGAGUUUGGCACUGCGGGUGCCCCACAGUGAGCUGCUGAACGGCACGCUGCCGUGCCAGGCCUCGCCCCCAGAGCACCACCCCUGCACCUGCCCUGCUCAGCACAGCGCCCUGAGGCCAGGACCCCCACCUGAGGAGGAGCCCGCCAAUGCCAAGUGGGUGAAGGACGGGCAGAACCAGCUGCGCCAGGCGGCCGAGCAGGACCAGAAUCGCAAUGAGCUUGGCCCCCCCGCCACGGCGCUGCUCAGUGACCUGCCGCGGGGGGGCCCGGAGGAGGAGGAGGAGGAGGAUGGUGACUCCACCCCGGUACAGAGUGACCCCAUCACGGCUGAGUCGGAGCAGAGCUCGGAGCGCGGGCCCCGCGAGCACGGCAAGAGCGCCAGCCUGCUCUUCGGCCCACGGGCCAGCGCCGCCAGCGACGAGGACUCCAGCUGGGCCACGCUGAGCCAGGGCAGCCCGGCCGGCAGCUCCCCCGAUGACACAGACACUGCCUGGGCCCGCAACGCCUUCGAGACGGACUCGGACCUGCCUGCCGGAUGGGUGAGGGUGCAGGAUGCCUCAGGCACCUACUACUGGCACAUCCCCACGGGCACCACGCAGUGGGAGCCGCCCGCAGACCUGGGGCAGGGCGAGGGGGGCUGUGGCCCCGACCGUGACUCCCAGGGGAAUACGCCCACCGAGGAGCAGCAGCUGACCUGGACGGGCUGUGUGGAGGCCGAGCGCUUGGCGGAGGCUGAGGGCUGGAAGGACGUCCCGUCGGAGGAGGGGACCCCGGAGCUGGGGCAGCAGGACUUGGAGCAGCCCACCCUGCACCUGGCACUGCUGAGCCUCCGUGCGCCGAAAGCCAAGGAACAGACGCUGCAGCUGGGCUCACCCCCGGGCUCCAAGAGCUUCCCGGUGCAGUCGCUGGGCUGGGUGGAGAUGAGCGAGGAGGAGCUGGCGCCAGGCAAGAGCAGCGCGGCCGUGAACUCCUGCAUCCGCCAGCUGGCCGGCUGUGGGGCCCCCCCGCUGGGGGGCUGGGACCAGGGCCGGACCAUGCUGCUGCUCCUGGACCGCGAGACGCUGCGGCUGGUGGAGCCGGUGGAGCGGACGCUGCUGCAUGCCCAGCCCGUGGCCGGCAUCCGCGUGUGGGGCGUCGGCCGGGACGAUGGCAGGGACUUUGCCUACGUGGCCCGGGACCCACUGACGCAGAUGCUGAAAUGCCACGUCUUCCGGUGCGAGACACCAGCCAAGCCCAUCGCCACCAGCCUGCAGGCCGUGUGCUCCCAGAUGCUGGAGCAGCGGCAGAGCAGCCGGGCACUUGUGAGCAGCCUGGCGCUGGAGCAGGCCGGGAUGGUGGAGAUUCCCUUCCAAGGGGAGUUCCCGGCUCCCAGGACCGAGCUGGUGCAGAGGUUCCCGGUGUCCUACCUGGGCAGCGCGGUCGUGGCCCGGCCUGUGGGCAUGGACGUGAUCAACGCAGCCCUGGACUCGGCCCUGGCGGCCCCCAGCCGGGACCACUGGACCCCCAGCCACGUCCACGUGGCCCCCGCCACGCUCAGCGUCACCCACGCGCAGACGGAGGCCGUGCUGUGCGAGUGCCGGGUGCGGUUUCUCUCCUUCAUGGGCGUCGGCCGGGACGUUCGCUCCUUCGCCUUCAUCACGGCCAGCGCCCCGGGCGCCUUCCGCUGCCACAUGCUCUGGUGCCAGCCCAACGCCGCCGGCCUCAGCGAGGCCCUGCAGGCCGCCUGCAUGCUGCGCUAUCAGAAGUGCCUCGACGCCCGGCCCCAGGCCCCCAGCUCCUGCCUGCCGGCGCCGCCCGCGGACUCCAUGGCCCGGCGUGUGGGCUCCACCGUCCGCAGGGGCGUCCGCAGCCUGCUGGGCAGCCUGAAGCCCAAACGCCUCGGGGGGCAGACGCCGUGAGACCCCCCUGCACGCGGCCAAGGCUACGGCCCAGCGCGGGAGACGCCCCGGCUGGCCCCACGGCGCCUGGGCUGCCCGCCCUCCCCCCCGGCUCUGGCUGGGGACUGAGGGGGGUCCUGGCUCGGCCC